ACUUGUGCUUCAAUACAUGCUCAAUGCUAAUAUCAAAAUCAAAAUGGUUGGAAAACUCCACCGUCAGAUCCUGACCAUCAGCAAGUUGUCGGACGAAUUCAUCAUCGACUGGAACCUUUAUGCCUCCAGUAAGCUCAUAGACAAUGCUGUCAACGUAGACUUGCGCCUUCUUUGAAAUUUGACACCUCAAUUCAACAGCCAUCCUUUCCAUUACGUAUACAGCGCGAUAGAAAUCGUGGCGAGGAAAUCGAAUAUAGAAGCAUGCAGUCGGUUUCCGCGAAGACGGGACUUGUGGCCCUAGCAGGUUCAUGUCAAUUUUUUCAAGGCUGCGGUCGGAAGCCAUUAGACCGGGGGUGGAGCAGGAUUGCAUUAUUCCUUACAAACUUCGCCGUUAAGGAACGUAAAGUGACUAUGGGAGCUGGCGAGGGGUUGCUAGGUUUGAGUGAUGGAAGGGUUAUCUGGCUACAUAGAUGGUUCACUGCAGUGGCUGAGAAGAUAGAUGUGCCAUGUUAUGACAACACGCACAAUAGAGAACGUGUGAGGGAAGUCAAAGUUCCGUACCGCUAGGGGACGAGGUUGCACCCAGCCACC